UGGUGACAAAGAAUUUGUUCUAGUUAUUCAAUAAUGGCGGAUUCCUUUAGGCUGUGGAAAUUCGUAGUAACAACGCUGUAAAGAUGUUGCAACAAAAAGGCGCAAACUUGCUGAUGAAAGCACGUGAUGGGCGGAACGCCUUUGAAUACGCCCUUCAAGAACUGGGUGACAAUAGUAUUCAGAUGAUCAAGUAUUUUUACAACGAUUGUGGAAUGAAAGACUUGAGAAAGGAGAGAGGAAAAAUGACAUUCGUUCAUUUAGCAUGCUUAGCGAGAAGAAAUGUUCCUGUGGUGAAAACUUUAGAGAUGUUGUUGGUGAGAGAAAACAUUAAUGCUACAGAAGGAAUGGGAAGAACUGCAUUAAUGCUUGCUACACGAACAAAUCGUCCAGACAUUGUUCGACUCCUACUUCAGCAUCACGCUGAUGUUAUGCAUCUGGAUAUGAGACUUACCACAGCGAAAGGUUAUGCUGAACCUGACUCAGAAAUUUACAAAAUGUUGGACAGUGCUAUGUUGAAAGUUUCAAGAAAAAAAGCUCGCGCUAGACAAAUGGAGAAAGAACUUUCUGAACAGUUAAAAAAACAACAACAAAAAUAUAAAGAUUCAACUAAGACAGUCAAGACUGCUACAGGUGUCGAGGUAAAAGUCACAGAUCCAUUUGGUAAACACAAGAACAGAAUUUUGCCUACAAUACUUUUUAAAUAAUUUCUUGUAAUAAAUACCUUUAUUAUUUCAAUUAUUAUUAUUAUUAUUUCAAUUAUUAUUAUUAUUAUUAUUUCAAUUAUUAUUAUUAUUAUUAUUAUUAUUAUUAUUAUUAUUAUUAUUAUUAUUAUUAUUAUUAUUAUUAUUAUUUUUAUUAUUAUUAUUAUUAUUAUUAUUACUAUUAUUAUUAUUAUUUUGUUGUAUAUCCUUGUAAAAAUAUUUUAUGCCAAUCGUUGAUGUGUGAUCGAAUACCGGUAGUUUAGCAGUUAAAACAUGACACUGUCAGACGUGCGUUCGAGUCUCACCCGGUUGACAAAAAUACUAAAACUUAGGCUAAUAAAAAACAAUUGAAUAAAAAUUGUGUAUUUUUUGUACAACUGUGCAGCAAGCUUUCGAUAUUACGAUUAUUUUAUUUUCAAAGAAAAACCUUUUCUUACUUCUUAAUGGUACUUUUGUCAAUGAGAAUCCUGCAAAGGGGUCCUACAGUAUUUAAAUCAUGGAAAUUGAGGUACACAAGCCAUGCAAUCACAACAACCGUUUAACUGGACAGCCGCUUAAGAUACCAAUGCUAUUCUCAUGCUGAACGCUAAGUAGAAAGAAUGCAUUCUUAUUAAGUCUCCUCCGAAUU